AUGAUUAAAAUCAAUGGAAUAUUGUUACUUGUUAUUGUUAAUAUUUCUGCAGAAAUCUUACAAAUUGAUUUAUAUCCUGGCUAUGGAUGGGAUCAUUUACGAUUUCUUGAUAUGUUACCUAUCUUUGAUAUUCGUAAUUCAUAUAAUUCAACAGUAAUGCAACAAUGUAUCACACAUAUCCCAUUACGUCAAAGUGAAUUUGAUAUUCAAUCACAAUUAAUUGAUUUAUAUAAUAGUUCAACAACUACAUAUGAAUUAGAAAUAAAUCUUGGUGGUGAAAUUCCUUUACCAGAGACUGGUAUUGGUAUUGGUGGAUCGUUUUCUCCAACAUAUCAAAAUAUAAAAUCUCAACAAGCAAGAGAUAAUACAACAACAUUACGAAAUGUAAUUCGUUAUGAUUUCGCUGAUGUUUUGUUACUUCCGAGUUGUUCUUUAGAUUCUCAAUUUAAAUCUGAAAUAAUUCAAAUAGCAAAUUAUAUUAAAACAGGUGAAUUAAUAAAAGCUAAUUAUGCUUCACAAAUGCUUAUACUUCGUUAUGGAACACAUUAUACAAAUCGUAUACGUAUUGGUGGACAAAUAAUUCAAGAUAAUUUUAUUCGAACAAAAGAUUUUUAUACUAAUGAUGCAAAUAUGUUAUCAAUGGAAAUUGCAGCGAAAUUAAAUUUUCUAUCAGAACUUGGUUUAUCAUUUAGUAGUUCAAUAAAAAGUACAACAGUAGAUAAUAAUAUUAAAAAAUUUCAAGAACAAAUUAUUAAUCGAAAACUUGUUGCUUAUGGUGGAGAAGCAUAUCUUAUGAAUAUGCCAUUAUCAGAAUGGCAAUCAACAGUGAAAAAUAAUCCGGUUAUACUUAAACGUUCAUUUGAAAAUUUAACGAUGGCAAUUGAUAUAAAACAAAUAACUGAAAUUGAAUCAUUAUAUGUCAAGAAACCUUUCAUAAAGGACGUUCAGAGAGAGGUUAUAGACAUUUUCGCACGUUUUAUAAGAAAAGCUUGUCAGCGCAAACCCUUGUGGGAUUAA